AUGGACUUUGCCGCGCUCCUAGCCAAGGAACUCGACAAGGCCAAACCUCCGGCGCCGUCCUCAUCCUCCUCAGCCCCAAAAUACAUAUCCCGGCGGGAAGCCGAGGAGGCGCGCAAGGCCGCCUAUCUGGCUGAACAGAAGCGCCUCGAGGAAGAGCGCGCGGCAAAAGCCGCCGCCAAGCGCAAGCGCGAGGAGGAGGCCGAACAAGAGAAGCGCGAGCGCGAGGAGAAGAGGGCCAGGCUGGCCGAGGAGAGCCGACGGCGGAGGGAGGCGAAGGAGGCCGAGGAGGAGAGGGCGCGUAGGAAGCGACUGGGCCUUCCCGAGCUGCCGCCCAGUAGGGAGGGUUCGGAAAGCGCGGCCAAGGUUGAGGAAGAGGAGGAUGAUGAACUGGAUGGCGAAGGGAAGGAGACGGAUAUUGUGGAGGAGGAGCUCGUCAAGAAAUUGAGGGACCUGGGCGAACCCGCCGUACUGUUUGGUGAGGAUCAUGCUGCCAGGGUGAAGCGAUACUGGAAGACGGCAAGAGGCGGCUCAGUCGCUGCGACAGGACCGAUUGCGACGACCCUCGCGCCGGUCGAGGAGAAGGACAUGAAAGUACCCGACAAGGUGCCGCCCGCAUCAGACAAGAAAGCCCGGCGGUUCCUCUUCCGGCAGCUGGCGUCAUACUUCAACAUGGUGCUUCGCGAAUGGGAUGCGGCGCUGGUGCGGGAGGACAACGCGGACACGUUCGCCGGCCAAGCGGCGCGCAACGCAAUGGUGUCGAGCAAGGAGACGAUGAAGCCUUUGUUUCGUAAGUUCGAGCAGGGCGACUUGGACGAGAGCGUCCUCGAAGCUAUUGUGGAGAUCGUUAAGGCGGCGCAGGAGCGGCGCUACGUCGACGCCAACGACGGGUACCUGCGGCUGAGUAUCGGUAAGGCGGCAUGGCCAAUCGGUGUCACCAUGGUGGGUAUCCACGAGCGUAGCGCCCGCGAGAAGCUCCAUGACGGCGAGAGGGGUCACAUCAUGGGCAGCGAGGUCACCCGCAAGUAUCUACAGAGCAUCAAGCGGUGCUUGACCUUCGCCCAAGUCCGCUGGCCGCCCGAGGAUGUUCGCCAAUUGAUGGGCUGA